CCUACAAACACACAUUUUCGGUUCAAACAGCGGAAGCUCACACUUUGCAUCUUCUUAUUUUGUUCUCUCAUCAUCUCCUCGUCCCUUGCUUUCCAAUCAGACGACGAGUUUGGUCUCGAAGGAGCAAAUCCCCAAUCCACACAACAACAAACUCCCACUACCCGCAAACGCUACCCAGAUCCCGAUUCGGAUUCCAAAGUCCAAUUCACUCUCGAACAUGCCUUGGGCGACUCUGAUUUCUCCCCCCGCCGGCACUUUCUCUGCUCGCCUCAAAUCCUGGAGCCAUGGCGGAAAGGUUCUCUCAAUCGUAUUGAGUGAGAGAGAUUCACUUUUAUUAAUGAUCUGAGGAUUCUCUUUGUGGGGUGCAGACUUUAACGAAGCUGAGGUUCUCAAGGAAUGGCUUCUAGAAAGAUACUUUAAAAGUAAAACUAUUUUGUAGAAUCUGUUGAAAGGAGAUGACUUUUAUAGGAUCAGAGUUCCUUCCAGUGUCAUCAGCCCACCAGGGAAAGAGUUUUGUGGUUGCAUCUGUCAGAGCUGACGGUGCCAACAUCUUGGCAGUAAGUUAUGGUUCUCUUGUGGCGUGUCAAUAUCCUCGACAGUUCAAACUUCCAGCAAAAUGGUCUUUCAACUCCCACACAAUUCUGAAGAGCAGUGAGCAGGUACCAAGAACUCCAAUAUUCACUGAGGAGAUUCUAGGCGGUGAGAAUGCAGUGGGCGAGGUUGAACCACCACCAGAGAGAUCAUUUUGGGCGAAAUAUUGGAUGUACUUGAUACCAUUGGGACUCGUUGUGAUGAACGCUGUGACACAAGCAACAAACAUGGCUGAAGAACAAACAGGUGGUCAGGCAGGAGGCUCACAAGUGCAGCAAUCAGCCAGGAGAAGAUGAUUUCGAUUUUACUUCACACAAAGCAAUCAAAGCUGCAUGCAACUGGUAAAAGAUGAAGAUUCAACGGAUCUCAUGUCUAGGCAGUUUCUUUAUGGAAACCAUCUUUUCAACAAGAAGAAAGCGAUUUACACUAUGGUUGGAAAAAAAUCUAAAACCAAUUUGAUGAAACAUCAACUUCUUUUUUACACAGCUUUCUUUCAUUAAACUUUCAUGAUUACAAAGAGAAAAAAGGAAUUUCACAUCCUCUCUGAUAUGUCUACUGCUUCAACCACUCGUCGUUAUGUUACAUAAGAUAUUGUCACC